CAACAAACAGAGAAAACACUACCAGUAGUAGUUAGCUAGUCUCCUGGUCUCCCAAAGGAAGACCAUAUAUGGCCACUGCUCUCAGCUUUCUGCCUGCUCUCAUCUUGGUCCUUAUCAUCUCUGUUCAGGGGACAAGUACCGGCGAUCGCUGCACCGCGUCGAGCAGCAUCGAGGUGCAGACGAUCAACACCGGCGAGCCGGCCGGCGGCGGCGACACGGUGUUCGAGGUGCGGGUGAAGAACCUGUGCCCCUGCAGCGUCAGGGACGUGCGCCUCGACGGCGGCGGCUUCGCGACGACGGUGGAGGUCGACCCGGCCGUGUUCCGGGCGGCCGACGACGGCGGCGGCGCCUACCUGGUGAACGGCGGCGGGCCGAUCGCCAGCAUGGCCACCGUCGCCUUCCGCUACGCCUGGGACCACUUCUUCCAGAUCACUCCGGCGAGCCUGGAAGAAGAUCAGUGUGCUAGCUAGCUAAGAACUGGAUGGAUUAGAUGCCUACACUUGCGUACAGAUGCAAAGCGUACUUGGAGGGAAUAAUUCUUGCGUGAGCAUGUAAACAUGUGUUACAUGGUGUGUAGGAGGAAUGAAUAUAUGAGGAAUUAUUCCUGCAUGAGCUGAUGGCGUCCAGCUUGUUGGGCCUAUAUAUAUACAUGUGUAGUUAAAUAUCUGUGAUAUAUAAAGAUGUAUAUAUUCAAGCUGAAUAAUGUUGGUUUCUAUCUGAAUGAUUAA